AUGCGCGUCCAAACUCUCGCAACUGCUCUCCCCCUGCUGAUGCUCGCGUCCAGCGUCGCAGCUGUGGACUGUUCAACCCACAGCUUCACCACCUGCGCCGACAAGAUCGUUCACUGGUUCGACCCCGACACCGGCGAAAUCUGCGAUCCCCUAGACUGUGGCGGUGGUCGUGCUCCCCCGAAGACCGACGUCCCCGGAUGUCCCCAGUACACGGGCACUGAGACCGCAGCCACAAGCAAGUCAUAUCUUUCUUGCUGGACCCCCUCGGCCAGCGCCACCCCCACGACCGAGAGCACUGCUAAAACCACUACUGAGUCCACUUCCACCUCCAACAGUCCUGAUGUUGUUACUUCGACUUCGGUCGCCAGCGUCACUUCUCCCACUACUGUUGUCGUGACUUCCACCGCUACUGGAAACCAAACCAGUGAGGCUGCUACCAGCCCUUCGACUACUCCAGCGGCUUCUCUUUCCUCGAGCCAAAGUGCCUCUGGCAGUGGAAGUGGAAGUGGAAGCAGCUCUGCUUCAGCUCAAGCAACAACGACUUUUAACGCCGCUGGUGCGUUGACUGGGUCGCUUGCCGCUGCUGCUGGCGUUGCUCUCGGUGCGAUCGCUUUCGUCUAA